AAUGAAAAAAUAUACUGCCAAUACAAUUUGAUAUCAAAUACUUUUAUUUAUUUAGGUUUCCCUGAAAUCUUUGUUUAAUGGCUGAAAUCUUUAGCUUCACCACAGCUUGUUUACAUUUUUCACUAUCAACAGUAAUGAGAGAAAAGCUAAUCAAAUAAGGACCAACAACAACAUCCACGCAAUCUUAUCAUCGAAAAGCGAAUAAGAGAGCUGUGUCAAUCAAAGAGAACUUUCUCUUAGAUACUUCCCUCACCAAUCUACUGUUGCUGAGGUUGAGCUACCAUGUAUUUUUAACAAUUACAAUUCAGUAAACCACCGCCAUGGAACGCGAACAGGUCACGCCACGGAGUUAUCCCACAAACCUUAUCGAUAAGGACUGGGCCAACAGAAAACACAUGGGGAAGAAAAAUUCGCAAAGUUUUCUGAACGCAGUGCAUGAUAUGGAGCUAAGAGAUGACGAUGUGUGGAUAGUAACUCUGCCCAAAUGUGGAACCACUUGGAUGCAGGAAUUUCUGUGGUUGCUGCUCAAUGACUUCGAUUUUGAGGCAGCUCUGGCCACAGAUCAAGAGAUUCGAACUCCGUUUUUAGAAUUUGGUUUCCUUGUUCAUGACGACGGGGAACGUUCUUUCGGACCUCUCCGGGUAUUAAAAUCUCCACGGCUGAUCAAAUCGCACUAUCCUCUGGCUCUAUUGCCCUCAAAACUUUGGGAGGGAAAGCAUAAAGUCAUCUAUGUAUUUCGAAAUCCCAUAGAUGCUUGGGUCUCUGGAUAUUAUCACGGGGUGACAUUAGGUUUUUACUACGGCAAAACUCUUAAUCAGUAUUUUGAUGAAAUCUUAAGCACUGACGAUUUUGCAACUGAGAAGAUCCAACACGCACAUGAAUUCUACCAAUUAAGAAACAAACCCUGGAUAUUCUACACCACCUUUGAAAGAAUGAAGAAGGAUCUUCGAGGAGUGAUCGUUGAGGUCUCCAGAUUUCUAAACAAACCUAUCCCUGAACAACAAAUGGAGCGACUUCUAAAGCAUUUGUCUUUUGAAGAAAUGAAAAAAAACCCAACAACGAAUCAUCGGUGGGAAAUGGCCCAAGCUGUUCACAAAAAUGCUGGAAAAGAGGAACACCCAUUCGUGCGACGUGGAGAGGUCAAUGGCUACAAAGACGAACUUCAGCCUGAACAAAUUGAGAAGGCCAACGAAUGUAUUAAAAGAGUUCUUGAGAAAAACAAUGUUACAUUGGAUGAACUACUACUCUUAAAAGAUUCAUAGAUUAAGGAACAAAAUGUGUUUAUUCACUGGAGAACCUUUAAAAGUGCACACAUGCAAAUCCACGCCAGAAAUGCAGAUUAAAAAUUGGAUUAAAAUUAUAAGAAACUAAGCAAAUUUUAGAUAGUUUAGGGUAUAAUUUAGAUGAUUGUUUUUUGCUCAUGCUCUGUUGUUUUGGUCUAUUUUCAUGUGAAAAAUAGAUAAUAAUUGUGUUUUCUAAAUCUACUUACGACUUAAUCGUCUUUUAUAUCCAAAUUAAUGUAUUCCUUUUAUUCAACCAUUUUAUAAAAACACACAUUCGAAAUGUAUAUCUUUACUUUUGUUUUAAAAAUAAUAUAAAUGAGUUAUAAUUCUUAUUUACAACCAUAAA